AUGGAGUGCUUCCAGCACUCCGGAAAUACACCUUCGCUUAAGCUAAGGUUGAAAAUAUGUUGUCCUGUGAAAUCUUCUGCUAAUAUGUUUAUAUUCAUAUCUCCCGCUACAAUUAAUGAAAAAGUGUUAAUUUUACUAAGCAACGAGUUUAGUGAUUGGAGAAACGCAGUAGGAUCUCUGAAAGACGGCGAUCGGUAUAUUCCUAAUAUUGUAGUAGACUUCCCUAGGCCCAAUAAAAGACCAUUUGCAUUUUCCAGGGUCACUAGGAAGGUGGACAUACUAGCCGUAAAGGAGACGUGGCUUCGGGAGGGAGAGACGGGACGCGCUCCUCAGGUGACGGGUUACAGGCUUCGACAUAUUCCCCGCCCACCGUCGGUUCGCACUCGCGGUGGAGGCGUAGGUUUUUACAUUAAUAAAAUGAUGUCUGUUCGUUUAUUGUCACAUCCUGCUGUAAAUCUAGUUGUGUGUGAUAACAGAUGUGGGUGA